AUGGAGACGCACAGCCACGACCAGGAUCCUACCAAACCAGUGGUUCUCAUCACAGGAUGUUCCACGGGAGGGAUAGGCCACGCGCUUGCGUGCGCGUUCGCGGAGAAGAAGUGCAGGGUGGUGGCGACGAGCAGGUCGCGGUCGAGGAUGACGGAGCUGGAACACGACAGCAGGUUUGUGUUGGAAGAGUUGGAUGUUCAGUCCGAUGAGAGCGUGCGCAGAGUGGUUGACGCUGUUGUCGGAAAGUACGGUUGCAUCGACGUGCUCGUAAACAACGCGGGUGUUCAGUGCGUGGGUCCGCUUGCCGAGAUUCCUCUCUCUUCCGUCCAAAAUACUUUCGAUACCAAUGUUUUCGGUUCCUUGAGAAUGGUUCAGGCGGUUGUCCCUCAUAUGGCAACUAGGAGAAAGGGAAAGAUUGUAAAUAUUGGUAGUGUCGCUGCCUUGGCUUCUGGACCUUGGUCAGGCACUUAUACAGCUUCUAAAGCUGCUCUUCAUGCUUUGACAGAUACAUUAAGAUUGGAACUUGGACAUUUCGGAAUUGAUGUUGUCAAUGUUGUACCCGGAGCUAUCAAAUCAAAUAUAGGAGAUUCUGCUAUAGCCAGCUACAACCGCAUGCCUGAAUGGAAAUUGUUCAAGCCUUUUGAAGCAGCAAUCCGAGACAGAGCUUACUUUUCUCAGAAAUUAAAAUCAACACCAACAGAUGAGUUUGCUAAAAACACUGUAGCUGCUAUUCUGAAGGAAAAACCGCCAGCAUGGUUUACCUAUGGGCAUUACUCUACUGUCAUGGCUAUCAUGUACCAUUUACCAAUCUCUGUUAGAGAUUUUAUUUUGAAGAAAGUUAUGAACGGCUGA